CUGGCGCUCUGAUUCCCAUUCUGAAAACCGUAUCGGAAACCCCUCACCAUGCCCACUAUCGCGGUCGACAAGGCGGCGCUCUUCAAGGAGCUGGGGCGAGAGUAUACAACGGAGGAGUUUGACGAGUUGUGCUUCGAAUUCGGCAUUGAACUCGACGAAGACACCACAAACUCGGAUCGACCGAUCGUCAAUGGACAGCAGGAGCCCCCUCAGCUCAAAAUCGAAAUCCCAGCGAACCGAUAUGACAUGCUGUGUUUCGAGGGAAUUGCCCUCAAUCUGAACAUUUUCCUGGGUCGCAAAAGCUACCCCAACUACAAACUGGUUGAACCUUCAAACGGGGAGCUUCAGACCCUGAUUGUCAAGGAAGAUACCACUAAGAUCAGACCCUACGUGUCUGGUGCGGUUCUGCGCAACUUCAAGUUUGAUCAAGCGCGAUAUGAGUCUUUCAUCGCUCUCCAAGACAAGCUCCACCAAAAUCUGGCUAGACAACGGACCCUGGUCUCCAUCGGAACCCAUGAUCUCGAUACGAUCAAAGGUCCUUUCACCUAUGAGGCUCUUCCCCCGAAGGAUAUUCGAUUCGUACCACUCAACCAGACCCAGGAAAUGAAUGGGGAGGAGCUGAUGGCUUUCUAUGAUAAAGACAGACAUCUGGGGAAGUACCUCCACAUCAUACGGGACUCUCCUGUCUAUCCGGUGAUAUAUGAUUCCAACCGGGUCGUGUGCUCUCUGCCCCCAAUUAUCAACGGUGAUCAUUCAAAGAUUACCCUUGACACAAAGAACAUUUUCAUUGAGAUUACUGCUCUCGAUAAGACGAAGCUUGAAAUCGUCAAUAAGAUUAUGGUCACUAUGUUCUCUCAAUAUACGUCUGAGCCUUUCACCAUUGAGCCCAUUCGGAUCGUCUCUGAGCACAAUGGCGAGACACGGACGGUUCCCGACCUUUCCCCGCGUGUCACCCAGGCAGAGGUUUCGUACAUUAAUCAGUGCUGUGGGCUUAACCUGUCACCCUCGGAGAUCUGCAAUCUUUUGAAGAAGAUGUCUUACAACGCCAAGCCGUCCGCGACCUCUGCCGACCUGAUUGACGUGGAUAUUCCCGCAACCCGCGCGGAUGUUCUCCACCAAUGCGACAUCAUGGAGGAUGUUGCUAUCGCUUACGGCUUCAACUCCCUCCCACGGGCUUUCCCCAAUAUCUCCGGCACCGUUGCCCAGCCUUUGCCAAUCAAUAAGCUAUCUGAUAUUCUUCGUGUGGAGGCCGCCAUGGCCGGAUGGUCCGAGGUCCUGCCUUUGAUCUUGUGUUCGCAUGAUGAGAACUUUGGGUGGCUGAACCGCAAAGACGACGGCAACACCGCCGUCAAACUGGCGAACCCCAAGACUCUCGAGUUCCAGGUCGUGCGCACAAGUCUCCUCCCCGGUCUUCUAAAGACAAUCCGUGAGAACAAGCAUCAUGCCGUUCCCAUCAAGAUCUUCGAGGUCAGCGAUGUAGCUUUCAAGGAUUUGUCCUUGGAACGCAAGAGCCGCAAUGAGAGACACUUUGCAGCCGCAUGGUACGGCAAGAGCAGCGGUUUCGAGGUCGUCCACGGUCUUCUCGACCGUGUCAUGGCAAUGCUCAAGACCGCGUUCAUUACUGGCGAGGAAGGCCUGGAGAAUCCUGCGGUGACAGACUCGCAGUACUGGAUUGAGGAGCUUGACGAUCCAACUUACUUCCCGGGGCACGCCGCAAACAUCCAUGUGCGCAUCAACGGUAAGGACCAUGUGAUCGGCAGCUUCGGUAUCCUGCACCCCACAGUCCUGGAGAAGUAUGAAUUGAAGUACCCCGUCAGCACUGUGGAGUUCAACCUUGAAGUCUUCCUGUGA